ACCAUGAUUUUACCAAACCAAAUGCGGGAUGAGGACAAUAAAGCACUCGGUCUGGGGUACAUUGUCGAGGAGGACAAACUCCAUGUCAUGGUCAGCAUAAAUUUUUCAAAGAGGAAAAGAAAGAUGCGACUUGGACAAGACCUCCAGCAAGACCAAAUCAGAAGUCAAACUCCAAACCCUCUGACAAGGCGAGAGCUCCUCAGUCAGGUGUCUGGUCUGUAUGAUCCAAUUGGCCUGGUGACUCCUGCGAAACAAAAGGGAGCAAUCCUAGUACGGAAAGCUUUCCAAGAGGCAAAGAAUGUGAGUAAACAAGUAAAAGAUACCUGGGAUUUGGCACUCUCCAGUGAUCUUAGAGAAGAAGCUAUUAAGCUCUUUGAAGAGUACUCUCAGCUCAGUGAGAUCCAGUUUGUCAGAUCAUUAACUCCUUUUCAAAACUGUAAUAACUCUUUAGCUAUUACAUUUUCAGAUGGAAGCGAAUGUUCUUAUGGAGCAGUGUUGUACCUGAGGUGGGGAUCAACUCAAGACCCAAUCAUUAGGCUGGUGGAAUCCAAGGCUAAGCUGACUCCAUUGGAACAAAGAGGAUUGGAGAGAUCCAGAGCAACACAAGAAUCCAAGAUUGGUGGUGGAUUCCUGGGGAUCAAAAUAUUGCUGACAUCAUUACUCGAGGAGCCAGCCCUCAAGAUCUUGAUCUUAACUCUAAGUGGCAACAAGGCCCAGCAUUUUUAAAAUCUCCAGUUGAAAUUUGGCCUAUUAAAUCACCUAGGCAAAUUGCCAUCAAUGCAAAAGAAAGUAUCACAAAGCUGCAAAAGAAAGCAUUCAUUGCUGUAACCACAAGAACCAGUAUAAAGGAAUCAGGGUUCAAACAAGAAUCACUUGAAAAUCGAACAGAGGUCUUGGCAAAGAAGCGGCGGCCAUCGAUAUCCAUACAGAACCUGGUAGAUGUUAGCCGCUUUAGCAGUUUAACACUAUUGGUCAAGACAAUUGUUUGGGUUUGGAGAGCAGCAAAGAGAUUUAUAGGGAAAAAUCAAGCUGUGAAUAAACCAAAGUGGGAGGCAGUCUGCUCUGCAGGGGUAGUCUCUGUGAGAGAAAGAGAAGAUGCUCUCAGGGAUAUUUUCCUUACUGCUCAGAUGGGUGCCAACUUUCCUAACACAACCAUGGAUAGGUUGGUGAUUUAUCAAGACAAAGAAUCUGGGUUAUUAGUAUGUGGUGGCAGAAUACAGAUCUUUAGAGAAGAUAGAGUUGCAGUUCCCAUCAUACCCCAUGAUGCUUGGGUGUCAACACUGUUGGGCAGAGAAGCUCACA